AUGCCGGAAGCCCUGCCACUGGAGCCGGGGAUUCAUGUUUACUGGCCCAUUGUGACGGAGAUCGAUGUCAUCGUGGUGGCCCGGCAGACGCUGAAGGUAACCGGACAGGUGCUAACCACGCUCGAUGGAAAAGAAGUCGUGGUUGGUACGGUGGUUGUUUACCGCAUUCACGACGUCGUGAAGGCGAUCGGUAAGAAGAAUUGGGACGUGGAUAGCACGCUCUCAGAUAUCACUGAGGCAGCCACGAUGGACGUGGUGGCCAGCACCACGUUCGAGGACAUCCUGGCGGGCAUUGGCAAUGGGAUGAUUGCUGAUCGAUUGACCAAGGCAUGCCGAUCGGAACUCAGACGCUAUGGCGUCUAUGUGUCUCGCGCACGCAUGUCGGACUUCGCACGCUGCAAGGCGGUGGGUACCCUGCCUUUGGUGACGGCACCCCAUGUCUGGUCGGUUUCUGACGUGGAGGCGAUUCGCGCCAAACUAACAGAUAUAUGCGCCGACAACAGCUUUGAAGCACCGCUUACGAUUUGGAGUCAAGCGAUCAUCGAUGAGAUUGAAGCGGCGAUCGCUAACGGCUGGUGCAAUUGUGAGGACGCCUGCGGGGUGUGCGCCGUGGGGCUCGUGCCGGACCAUCAGGAUGUGGAGUUGUUGGAAGACGUCCUGCCUGAUUUGGAGAAUCCCCUGGAAUUCCCGGCAGAGGGUAUCUUUCGGUUUGGGGUAAGCAUCUCGACGGAAGACGAUGACCCGGAAAACCAAAUCCCCAUCGAGGAAGUCCUGGUCCGUAGUGUAGGACCUAUCAGUGGUGAUGGAACCUAUAUUCCGAUCGUGGGGUUGUCAGCCGCCUACUUCUAUCUGACUUUGGGUAGCUGUCUUCAAGGUUCGCUUUCGAACACGACGGUUCCGGCAGGGGUGAUUACUCCAGGUACGGUGGUGUCGGAAAUCUCACUCCAAUUGAGCCAGUCCAAUUGCCAGUACCUGUUUGGCAUGUUCGUUCCAGAUGGUUUGACCUUUGAACAGACGAUCGCGGCAUUUCAGGGUCUUGGGGCUCCGAUUACCUUUGAGUUUGAUUUCGAUGAUGGCAACACAGAACUCAGUGCGAACUUUGACCUGGACCCGGAGACUGGUGAAGUGUUUUUGUCUGCUGGGAGUCCGGUGGAGUUUGAGCCGGAACACGUAGAGCAACUUGUGGUCACGGCCGAGAUCGUGGCGAAUGGGUUGACCCUGCCGGCACAGUUCUACUUGAACCUGACCUUUGUCUAA